CCAGGCAGUACCCGAGCCUACUUGGUACACUUCAGCAUUCCCCCCGAUUUCCUGCUGACUUCCCCUAUAAGACUAUUUGGCCCUUUCCCCCCCUCCCAGGACUUUCUUCCACCUCUACACUACUUUCACAUUCCAUCACUCUCCCCUCUUCUCCCCUUUCUCUUCUCUUCUCGCGACGAAGCCCCCUACAUCCCUUGGUCAGGGCCCCUUUCAGCACAUCCUCUCUCAUACGAUGUCUACCGCUACCCCCGACAAGGCCACCGCGCCUAAGCUCGAGAAGAAGCCCGUCAAGUUCAGCAACCUGCUGCUUGGUGCGGGUCUGAACAUGUUCGAGGUCACUACGUUGGGUCAGCCGCUGGAAGUGAUCAAGACAACCAUGGCCGCCAACCGGGGCGACAGCUUCGCCGGUGCUAUGGGUCGGAUUUGGGGCCGUGGCGGGAUCCUCGGUUACUAUCAGGGACUCAUUCCGUGGGCCUGGAUUGAGGCCUCCACCAAGGGCGCCGUGCUCCUCUUCGUCGCCUCCGAAGCCGAAUACUACGCCCGCUCCUUCGGCGCGAACGACUUCUUCGGUGGUAUCGCUGGUGGUAUGACCGGUGGUGUUGCCCAGGCCUAUGCCACCAUGGGCUUCUGCACCUGCAUGAAGACCGUGGAGAUCACCAAGCACAAGAUGGCCGCUGCCGGUGUCAAGCCCCAAAGCACCUUUGCCACUUUCAUGGAUAUCUACCGCAAGGAGGGUAUCCGCGGUAUCAACCGUGGUGUCAACGCGGUCGCCAUUCGUCAAACUACUAACUGGGGUUCCCGCUUCGGUCUGUCCCGUCUGGCCGAGUCGGCCAUCCGCAAUGUCACCGGCAAGGAUGAUGGCCAGAAGCUGUCUCCUUGGGAGAAGAUUCUUGCUUCGGGUCUCGGUGGUGGUCUGUCUGCCUGGAACCAGCCUAUUGAGGUUAUUCGGGUUGAGAUGCAGAGCAAGACUGUGGACCCCAACCGCCCGAAGAACUUGACCGUCGGCAAGACUUUCAAGUACAUUUACGAUUCCAAUGGCCUGAAGGGCCUGUACCGUGGUGUUGCGCCCCGUAUCGGUCUGGGCAUCUGGCAGACUGUCUGCAUGGUGGCUCUGGGUGACAUGGCCAAGGAAGCUGUUGAGAAGCUGACUGGCGAUACCGUCACCGCGAAGCACUAGAGGAGGUUUGAAAUACCCUUCUACUAUGCAGUAGUCUGGAGAAAAGAAAUAUCAUGCGGACUUCGUCGCGCAAUCCACAUCCAUAAUUUCGUCUGCUCUCCUUUGCCUGCCUCAUUUGUUCUAUUUACUGGGGCAAGGACCAGACUCGAUCGAUACCCAUGAAAUUCAUUUGCAAUUGUGUCUGUGAUACUCCUCAACGAGAGCGCCCAUUUCUAUGUCCACAUCUCAAUUCCUCUAGUCCCUGGUUGGCCUUUGUAGUUUACCUUCAAACCUUCUUGUGGCCUUUCCUUUUUGACUUUUGCCUAUUGUUUUUUUUUUAAUUGUCUCGUGUCCGACAACAGAAUAGACUUAGAAGUAGUCGGCUACAGGUCACCUGCCACCGAUCAUUCCAACCCCAAAUCUAUUGGAUAUAUUUUUUUUAACU